AUGGCUGCCACUGGAGGGCAAGAUAUCAGACAUGACCACAUUCAGUGGGGUGGGUUCAUCAACCUGGGGCACACUCCUGAUGAGCCCACCACCAUCCCACUUCUGACACCAUAUGUAACAAAAACUGAAGGCAGCCACCCUAACCAGGACUUAAACCCAGGUCUGACAAGAGUUUCCAUCCCACCAUCCUCCCCUUCAGAGAGUGACAGUCUCCAUCCCAUGGUCUUUUUCAGAAUGGACUAUGUCCGCCAUGAAGUGACUAAGUCUCCCAAACCAGUAAAGGUCUACGUCCCCCCUGAUGGUACCAUGACGUUCAUUAGCACAUAUGCAGUGGACUACAACAAACAUGGUGUGCAGAAACACGUAGCGAGCACAACUAAGGAGCACCACUCCCUAGCUACUAAGAGGGAUACUAUGUCACAGUGCAAAGAGCACUCUAAACAAUACUGUACUGAGUGUUGGCAACCUUCCCAAGCCAAAGAUAACCUCACACUCCCACCUAUAGGCAAAUUUGCAAACACAGUGUCAUACAGAGAUGACAAUUGCCUAGAGAAUUUCACAUCAACCAGAAAGAACCUCAAGCUGAAGCCAGAGGUGAAGGAGUCUCUGGCUUUUGAUGGGACAACCAACCACAAACCCCAUUAUGGCACUCACCCCAUACAGCCAAGACCGCCUAGAAAGAAGUAUACUCCACCUUUUAAUGGAGCCUCCACUUACAAAAAGGAUUACAAGGGCCUUCCCGCAAACGUGCUCAAGCCCAUCAAGGUUAAAGCUGAUCGGAAGCCAUACCGUAAGCCAUUUCAAGAAACCACAGAGUUCCGUGACAAGUACAAGUUGUGGCCCCUGCCACGAAAACAGCCUCGCAAGAAGGAGCACUACAGCCCUCCAGAGGGCAUCAUUAGGUUUCUCUCCACCAUGCGUGCCGAUUACACAGUAAAGGAGCGCCGGCCACUCCAGCGUGUUCGGCUGCCCCUCCAUGCUGGGGAGAGGGAAAAGGGGCCAAUCCAGGCAAAGUCCAUCAUGAAAGAGGAUUGCAAGACAAGGGAUGUGGUGCAUCAACCGCACGCUGCCCCUGUUGGAGAGACGGGCAAACCAUCAGCCCCUUCCAGGUAUCAGCAGACGGCCAAGCUGACAAAGCGGCCCAGUCUCUGCACGUCUGAACCUGUGCAGAUUAUAUUGAGUCCUGAACCCAUGAUGGAGGAUCUGGUCUACUGCACCAGCAACACAGGGAAGCAAACAGGACCCUGCCCUGCUAGUUUUGGAGAGCCCCCGGUUUUUGAGUAUAUCGGCACCAAAGCAGGACAGCGGCUAUACUGCAGCAUCUCUGGAGAAGACACUUCUUUGGCUCAAGAGACGGCAAAAAAAGGUGCGAUGUCCUCUCAGAGCCAACAGUGCUGUGAACGAAGUGCCAAAAACAGAAGGGCACACUCCAAGACUCCAAGAUGA